AUUACAGCAUACAAGUUGAUACAAGUCAUUAUAAUAAAAAUGGAGACAGUAGGAAAUAUUUUUUUAUUUGCGCAAUGCAGAAAGAUUCGUAUGAUUCAAACAUAUUUAACUCAUGUUGUUUUAUUCCAUAUAGGUAUAAUUUAAUAUGGUACUUCCGUAUAAGUUACCUUAGCAACGGAAAUGUGCAUUCAAAUACAAACAAUUACUGACAAAACGCAAUGGCUGAAGAAAUAAGUCCUGAAAUUAUAUCAACUACUCAAAAGUCUUUGGGAAAAUAUGUGAAAAAACCGCCGCUUACUGAGAAAUUAUUAAAGAAACCACCGUUUCGUUUCCUUCACGAUGUUAUCAACAGCGUGAUUAGGGAAACGGGUUUUCUUAAAGGCCUAUUCAGUGAUUCCGAGUUGCUAUCAGAUAACGUGAAGGAUAGGGAAAACAAGUUGGCUUUUCUUAAUAAACUAAUAACGGCUGUUAAAUCUAUAAGUGGCGUUGAUCUGCAAGUGAGAGCAAGUAAAAUUAUAGCUGGUUUGGAGCCUGUAGAAACAAAUAAAUUAUUGCAGAGCAUUGCUACUUGCAUUGACAAGAAACUAGAUAGCAGAGAGUAUGUAUUGCAACUCAAAAAAGCAAAGCGCGCAGGAACCGAGAAACUUAAAAAGGUAUCGUCAAAAUCGAGCAAAGAUUCUAAAGAGGGUAAAUCUAAGAAAGAUACGUCAAAGACCUCCUCUACCUUGAAAGUUGAAACACCGAAGACAAAGACGAAGGUAAACGCUAGUCCUCGUAACGCUGUCACAAAAGAUGUUGACAAAAAGACAAAAGUUAAGGAAUCUCCUAAAGGAACUUUGAAUAGUCCUAAGCAGUCACUACCCGUACCGGAAACACCUAUGGUGGAGAAUGCAUCAAUAGAGUCUCCAAGAGCGGACUCGGUAGAAGAGAAUGAUGAAAAAAUAGUGGAAAUACCUAAACAGGAAAUAAUCAAAGAGAUUUCUGAGACUGUAGAAAGGCCUGUUAGCGUAAGACCGAAAUCGGCAAGACCUCGCAGUUCGGAUAUCAGAAAGGAGAAAGUCAUAGUUCCAGAAAUACCUAAACCAGCACCUAAAGUACAGGAAAGUCCUAAAGAGGAACCACCCAAAGUGCCUGAAUUUAGACCUCGAAGUUCGCUUCUACGACCUCCUAGUGUUCGACCAUCAAGCGCUCGACCUGGAGCCCCAAGACUACGUUCAGAUUCGGCAUUGCCUAUAAGAGAGAUUGUGCCAUUGGGAAAAAUCAAUGUUAUCGUUGAAAACUUCGAUGGAAACAAUGCAAAAGAAGAAGACGAGGAGGAGACGGUUGUCGUAGAGACUGCCAAUGAUGAUCUGCAAGAUACUCAGCUUCUCGAAAAAAGCCUUGAUAUGCCUGCAGACAAAGGUCAUCUCGUGGAGCAAAUUUUGGAACAAAUUAAAGGACCUGAGCAGUUGGAAGAACAUGUCAAAGGAACAACUAUAGAUUGGCAACAAGACAGUGGCAGAGGAAGAGACGCGACGACCAAAGAAAUAAACCAACUGCGAGGUUCCAUUCAGUCUCUAACUAGGACCGCAAAUCCUCUCGGAAAAUUGAUGAGUUAUCUGCACGAGGAUGUUGAAGCGAUGCACGCGGAAUUGGCUUCCUGGACCGCCAUGAAGCAACAGUUUACAUUAGAAAUUUCCAAGCAGAAAAGGCUAAACAGCGAGUCCAACCAACCUCUUCUGAAACAGCUUAAGGAUCUGGAAGAUAACAUCAGGAAGCAGCGCGAAGAAAUCAGUUCUGUUAAGUAUAAUAUUCUGCGGAAUGACGAGAGGAUCAGGGAAUUGGUGGCUAAGCAGGUGGAUGUCAAUUAAAAUUGAUUGAUUAUUUUUAAAAAUAUCUUCUUAUAUUGAUAAUAACAAAGUGGAGGAACAGAUUAGAAAGCUACUUUAUACACUAAACAAAUAUACAAAAAUAAUAUGUCCUGUUUACAUAAAAUUAAUAGAGAAACAUAGUCAAUGCAUAUUUAGUAUCGACAGUUGCACAGAUAUGUAUGUAUUUAAUAUAACAAUAAUUAAAAUAUAUAAUUAACACUACAUAAUAGCAUAUUCCGACAAACAAAACUCAUCUCUAACAAUUUUACUUAAUUUACACACACAGUGAGAAAGAGUACAGGGAUUUAGCAACAAGAUUCCACAGUACGUUGAAUACAGACAGCAAAUAAUUUAUCGUAAUCCAGAAUCAAUUGAUUUGAAAAAUAAAGAGAAUGUUAAUAACUUUUCGAUGAAAUAGUUGUAUUUUAUAGAGCUCAUUUCAAAGUAUCAAUAGAAAAAUAAAUUUUAAAUAAUUAGG